AUGUCUUAUAAGGACGCUCAUCUAAAAGAAUACAGUGAAUUGAGAAGUAUCUAUAAAUACUACAUUGAUUCAUAUAAUACAUUAUAUCACCUGAAAACAGAAAAUGAAGAAGAAUUAAACUCGAUUUAUAAAAUGAUCAAAACAGAAUUGAUUGAUUCAAAAAGCUGUCUCCCCAGUAUUAUUAUACAGGAAAUUCUAAAUAUCAUUCCGUAUAAUAAUCGCUAUUCAAAAUCAUAUUUAUCUCUUGCAAAACGCAUUUUUGAUGAUUAUCAUGUCAAAGAGGUCAACAAUGUUACUAAUAUUUCAAGGUUCCUGUUUUAUGAAGAAUACAGAAUCAAAUUAGGCAAAUCUGAUGAUUUCCAAAAAAUUAAAAAUCCCGAUAUUCAUACAGAAAAUACAAUUUAUAGAUCAUUUAUGUAUAAUAACUUAGAAUCAUUAAUUAUAUUCACUGAGAGAGAUAAUUUUGAUAAAAAUCAAAGACUUGAAAGUGAUUAA